AUGGUCACAAUCAUGCUAGGGUGUAAUUUUGCUUCUCUUUUUCAUUUUUGUGUGUAUGUUUGCAGUUUCAGCAGUGUGAAGAACUGUAACCACGUCCUCUUCAGAGAGUAUAACUACAUCAGGGCCACUCCUCAUAACAGAGCCUCCUUCAUCAGAGUCUUCUGGAGAUGCUACAGACAGAUCGGCAAGAGUGGAGACUUACUGUCUAUGCAGGAGUACAGGUCUCUGCUGCAGUUACUGUGUCCAGACUUCCCAGCAGAGAUGGUGCAGAGUGCCGCCAGGAUCACAACCAUUUCAGAGCAACCGACGGCGUCUGUGGCUGCAGGCGAUUAAACGUGUGGACUGGAAUGAGGACAUAAUCAAAAACGCUCGUGUCUGCAGCGCCCACUUUAUAUCAGGUAAGGUUAUCUAUCUAGCUUAGGCUACUCUUUGAUUUUACUGGAAAGAAUUGUUUACAUUAGUGAUUGUCUGUAUGAUGUAGAAUAAUAAUAAUCAAAUGCAGUUUAAGUUGGAUAAACUGGAGUUAGAUUUGGCUAGUAGCUGCUAGCUUGCUAUGCAGCUAAAGUUUUGAUAAGCUGGCAUUAGAUUUGC